GUCGACAGUCGUGAGAAAGAAAAAUAAAUAAAUAAUUACGUUACUUUCUCUGGAAUCCUUGUCCAAUUGGAGUGGAUCAAUUUAAUCAAUCCUUCCUUCUCAAUGCAUAAAUUAGGAUAAUAAAUCAAACGGAGAAAUAUCAAAGAAAGAACCUUACCCACCCAGUCAAGGACGUUGGAAAACAUUCAGAAUGGAUCAAACGCAAGGGCAAAAAGUUUCAUUGGAAGCAUUGAGCAAAGAGGAAAUUAUAAGCAAGUAUAAAGGACUUUUGGGUAUUGCUAAAAAGGCGAAGCAGGCAAAAGAUGAAAUAUCUGAAGAAAAUCGUAAGCUAAAGGAACAGCUUCAACAAUGCGAAACCCAAAAAGAAGCCGAUAAAAAUGCUCUAUUGACCAUGAAAGAGAUGUUAGAAGCAUACACAGAACAUAAAUUACAACUGUCAACUCAGAUCAGUGAUCUGGAGAAAAGGCGCAAAUUAGAAGGCGAACAACUGGACAAAUUGUCUAUUGAAAAUGAAAGUCUUAAACGGCAAAUUAGUCGUUUAACACAAGACAAUGAUUCCCUUCUCACCGAUAUAGAAAAUAUGGAAGGCCAACUUAAGCAAGUUAGUGGUUUGGGAAAAGAACAGAAACAUCAUUUGGUACUACUUGAACAGGAAAUUAACGAACUAAGGCAAGCCGAAGGAAGAAAUCAAGAGCUGCUGAUAAAAAAUGCCGAUCUGACAAAAUCAUUGGAAGAGUUGAAGGAAAAAUAUGUCUUUAUUAAGGAAAUCAAUACGGAGCAAAGACAAAAAUUCAAUUCAUUGAAAGAUAGGUUUAUAGAAGUGCACAAAAAACUGAAGAAACUCAAAGAGUGUAAGCGUAUACUAUUGGAAACCCAACAUGAGUAUGCGGACUCUGUUACGCAAUGGCAAAUGGAAAUUAUCAAAGCCUCAAAGUUGUUAUGCAAAGAAUUGGAUGGCUUGAGGGAGGAAAAUAUGCAGCUACUGAAGCGGUUAGGACAAUCCUCACAUAGACCUCUAGAGCCUUUCAUAGAGAAAAUAAAUAAUUUGCUGAGUAUAUUGGAGAAAAUAAAAAUCGAUUACCAUCACUUGAAAAGUGAGAAUUUUGAACUACGCAAGCAAAUGUCUUCGUCUAAGACUAUGGCACCCAAGGGAUUGCACAUUACCGAAGAAAAGCUAAAGGAAAUGUUGAAAUUAAGCCAAUUAGCUCAAAAAGAGUAUAGGCAAACGAUGGAAAGAAAAUGCCCCAAUUGUGAUAGUGGUGACACCAACUCACAGGCACUAUCGCCAUGUUUAAUAACAAAAUUGGAACUAUUGCAAGACUUGGCAAACAAUGCUGAGAAAGAAUAUCGCGAUCAAUCUGAAGAACUACGUAAACUAAGAAAUGACUAUGACAACUUAAAAAAUAAAACAUGGAUGGAAAAUUCGAGCGAAAUACUGACAAGAGCAGACCAAAAAUUGAAUGAAGUGCAAAAAGAAAAUGUGUUUUUAAGGGAAGAGAUUAAAAUGAAUGCCACCAAAAUCGAAAGCUUGGACGCUUUGGAGGCUGACUUUAAAAAAUUGUCAUUGGAAAAUUCUAGGCUACGAAAUCAACUGGAGGAAAACAAAAUACCUUCUCAGCAAGAAAUUAAAGAAGUCACCAAUCUCAGGGAUCAAUUGGAUAAACUACAAAAAUCUUCGGAAGAUUAUCAAGAAAUGUUCACAAGAAAGGAAAGGGAACAUUAUGAGUUGCUCGAUGAAAUGCGAGAAUUGAAUGAAGCCCUUAAAGCAAGAGGUGAUUUGAUAUCUCGCCAACAGGAGGAACAAUUGCUGUUGAAAACAGAAUUACAAAAUAGUGUUGAAAAAUGGCAAAUCCUUCAAAAAGAAGUCGAGCAUAAAGAUCAAGUAUUGCUCGAAAAAACCCAGACCUUGGAUGUCUUAAAGAAGAAUUUAGAGGAAACUAAAGAAAAACUUGCCAAACUUGAGACGGCAUCAAGCUUAAACGAGGAGAAGAUACGCAUUUUGAGUAACGAAAUAGAGAUACUGCGACAUGCUCAAAGCAACGCCGCUCCGGAUUUAGACAAUCAAAGUGAUAUUUUAUCCACCUCCACCAUUUCUAGGGCCGAUGAGUUACAAAGACUUAAAGAGGUAGAGGAUUCCUUUGAGGACAAAUACAACAAACUACGGGGUCUGGCUACCAAAUUAAAGAAAAAAUUACAAGAGGAAGUCGCACACAAACAGGAUUUGGAAAAAGAACUACACGAACUUCGAAACCGUGAAGGCGAGACAAAAUCCAAAAUAAGCUAUUUACAAAACACAAUUGUCGAAAUGGAAUCGCUGAAAUCUCAAGUGUCAGAGAAACAAAAACAGAUUGACUCUUUGAAAAAUGAAAAUCAGAAGCUGAAGUCAUCACGCAAACAGGCCAAUGUGCUAAAUUUAGAAAUUGAAGCUGCCGAAAAAUCUCUUACUGAGGUCACCAAUAAACUUGCUGCACGCACCUCCGAGUUGGAUAGUGCUCAGGAGAUAAUAAAAACAAAGGAUGUCACUAUUGUGCAGUUGCGCAAAGAGAUCGAACUGCUAGAGUCCUCAAAAACUGCCGAAACCAACCACUCCCAGCAGCUUAAGGAUCAAAUCGACCAUUUGCAAAAGACUCUUAAGGAUAGCGUACAUAGCAAACAACAAGCAUUGGAUAAAACAAAAAUAUUAGAACAGGAUUUGGAGAAUCUGAAAUUGGAGUUGGAAUCGGCUAGACUUGAAAUAUCCAAUGAAAAAAGUAAUUUAGAGAAAACACUGAUCGCUUUGAAGUCAGAAAAGCAGAACUUGUUCAUCCAGCUUUCAAGCGCUCAACACAGCCUAGCAGAAUGCGAACAGAAGCUUAAAUAUGCCGAAAGAGCCACGGAGGAUAUUCGCAUAGAAUACUUGGACUACAAAGUAAAGGCUCAGGCGGUAUUAAGAAAGAAUCAAAAUCGUGAUUCAACCAAGGAACGAGAGCUGGAGGAGGAAUUGUUGGCUUUAAGAGCGACCGAAACUCAACUAAAAGCCACCAUUGAUAGCCUGUCGACAAAAUUGCAAAUUUUGGAAAAAGACAAGGAACUUAUGGCCGACGACAACAAUCAGGCGAAAAAACGUUCUCAAGAAUUAAUGCAGCUAAUUGAAAAUUUGCGAGAACAAAAUGAGACUCUCAAUCAGGAGAUGCAACAACAACAACAGCAGCAGCAUGAAACUCUUAAGCAACAACGUCAGCAAUUAGAGACAAUGGAUGUAUGUCAUAAAGAUCAGAUCAAUUCACUAAAUGCCAAUCACCAAAGGCAAUUGGAACAAAUACAAAAAGAGCUUUCGUUCAACAACAAUCCUCGUUUGCCAACCAUGGUGGGAGCUUCAAAGUCUACUUCCUCUUCGCAUUUCGCUGAUCAUCAGUCGAAAAUAGAUUAUAUUCUCAUGGAACGUGAAGAUGCCGAAGGUUCGGAGGAAGCAGCUGAAAAUUUAGCCACAUUAGCCGCUUCACGCAAAAUUUCCAAUGCCUCGUCCUCAAUAGCAAAACGUUCGCAUGAUUUUAUGCCACUGGACGAACUCUUAAACACACCGAUCAAUGCCAUUACCAGUGAAACAUUGAUUACUACGCCUAUGCACAAUACGGCAGAUAAUUUGAACAACAUGGAUAUGUUACAAUUGGAAUUGAACUCCACCAAAGAGCGUUUACAAAAACAGGAGAGUCGUGUUCGUCAUUUGACCGCAUUAUUGGCAGAAAAUGAACAGGACCUAGCAAAGCUUACGCAAAUGAAUGAUAUGCUAAAGGAGGAGUUGCGCAGGCAAGAAAGAUCUGUGGAGAGAGAACAACAUCUGCAUAACUCGGAGUAUGUUAAAAACGUUAUUAUGAAGUUUUUAACACUGAAUAAUGCCGAUGAGAAAACUCGUUUAGUACCUGUUCUAAAUACAAUACUUAAAUUAAGUCGUCCAGAAACAGAAAUACUUAAUUGUGUAGCCAAAGGACAGAAAGUUUCAGAAGCUACACAACGAGGAGGAGGUUGGGGCAACUUUUUGCCUUGGGGUGGAGGAGGAGGCGGAAAUAGUAAUAACUAAAAUCAUCCCUUGGUUGGAGAAAUUGUUUCUAGAGUGUUUUAAACAGAAAAAUAUGUGUUAAGAAUUCCAUAUAUAAAAAUCUAUCUCGUUACCUAGUAUUUAAAGCAGUUACAAAUAGUGAUGUGUGUAGUGUUUUAUUUUUUAGUAAUCAAUAUCAUAAUUUAUUUCGUACAUUUAUAUAUAUCUCGUGAAUAAAUUAUAUAUUCUCUUGACGUUGUAUUUAUAUU